AUGGAACCUCCAAUGCUAAAACUGACAAUGGUGCGAGGCCCUCGAGAAGGUGAAACCCUAGAAUUCAGACCCGGAUCCACAGUCCGAAUCGGCCGGGUUGUCCGAGGCAACAACGUUUCUAUUAAAGACGCCGGAAUCUCCUCAAAGCACCUUGUAAUCGUAUCCGAAUCAGGAAAAUGGAGCCUCCAAGACCUCGAUUCCUCCAAUGGCACGACUCUCAACUCCACUAUGCUCUCUCCCUACAAAUCCUUCGAUCUCCGCGACGGUGACACCAUCAAACUCGGGGAGUUAACAUCAAUCCUCGUCCAAAUCAACGUUCAUGAGGAAACCUCGCAGUUGAGACGCAAUCCGAAGAGACGUGUUAAUGAAUCGAGUAAAGUAGGAUCUAUCGCAGCGAAUCGGAGCCGGAGAGGAAAUGAAGAGGAGGGAAAGAAUGCUGAAACUCUGGAGGAAGAGAAUGUUGAGAAAUUGGAGGAAAAAAGUGAAGUGAUAGUUGUUCCGGAGGUUAAGGGGAAAGGGAGACCGCGGAAGGCUAAGGCUUUGGAGAAGGUGGAAAGUGCGGUUCCUGCCGAGGCAAAGAGAGUGAAUUUGAGGAGUACUAGAAGCAGAAAGAAUGAAAAUGAGGAUUGUGUUUUUUUGGAGAAUUUGGGAGUGGAUUGUGGAGCAAUUGGUAAAAAAGUGCGUGGAGGAAGAGGGAGGAAAAAUAAUUUACAGGAAGUGCCAGCGGAGGGUGUUCAAUGUGAUGUCGUGGAUGAUAAAGAGAAUGUUGAUUUAGGGAUGAAUGUGCAAGAAGAGGCAAAAGAGGCUGCCAAUGAGGCGAAAAUUGAGACUCCGGAAGGUGAGAAGAUCGAGAAAAAGGAAGUGGAUUUUGGAGAAAAGUGUAAAGACACAGUCAAGGGGAACGACGCUAAGGAGGGUGACCGUAGUGAGGCACGAGCCAGUGCCAGUGGGAAUUUGAAGAAACAAAAGGAAUUGCAAGAUUUGGAGAAGAUGUCGUUGGAGGAGUGGUUUGAUUUUAUGGAGGUGGAUUUGCCAAAGCAGAUACUUGAGGCUACAGAGGAGAUGAUUGAGGCGAUGAGAAGGAAGGCAGAGCGAGUUCGGGAGUAUAUGAUAGAGCAGAAGAAAAAUCAGGGUACAGGGACUGUGGGCUAG